UGUGUGUGGGGGGGGGGGAGAGUUGGGAUCAGAUUUGAUAGGAGAAGUAAAACAUUCAGCAGGAAGGAGAAGUGGCAAGAAGUUGGAAGAGGAAAAGGAGCUUGGAGAGAAAGCGAGCAGGUUUUUAUUAUUAUUUUAAAAAAUAACAAGCCAAGAACAGAGAUGACAAAAUGGCAUAGAGUGAGAAGUACAGAUCAGGUGGACAUUCAGAGUUCUGGUGGUGUUAAAAGUGACAAGUGGUAAAAAAUUUGAGCAGGGGAGGACUGAAGGACUCUCUGGAACUUCUGCCAAGAAAAAUCAGCACCAGGAUAAAUCAUUACUAGGAUAGAAGGCAUAGAUUUGGCAAGCUUAGAUAGAACAAAGAUGGAAGAUUCAUUUAUUUCCAGCUGAUGGCUUGAAAGGAUGUUGGGAAAAUAUACUUAGAAUAACAGCCCCAUAGGUUUUUGAAUUGAAUAUGAAUCCUGAAACGAUUCCCUAAUCUCCGUGUUUCUAGGUGCUUAGAGAAAAGCGUUAGCUAAUAAUUUAUUGUAGGAAAGAUACACAUCUCACAAGUACUUUUGAAGCAAUCCAAAAGCAGCUGGAGCCAAAUACACGUUCAUAAUGAAUCCAGGAGAAGCUGCCAAGAUUACAAGGGAACAAAAUGAUUCCAUCUAUAAUAUGAGCCAUGCCAAACAAAUACCAGAGUUGCCACCUUUGCCAGGUUUGGCUGCAGAAGACCCCUCUGAACUGUAUCAGAUGAUCCAAAAUAGCAGCUUUUACCCUUCUCUGAUGCAAAGAGCAUCCUGGACUUUGGCAGCUCCCUUUAAAGAGCAGCGUCAUUUCCGGAGCCCCAGCAACUCCAUUGCCAAUAAUUACACCCUCACUGCACAGAACUUGAAGAUGAAAGAUCUGCGUAAGAUAGUUUCACCUUUAAAGGCAAGAAAGCCAGCUGGGACCACAAGACAUUCUCCACCUCCAAAAGAAUUUGCUCCCUCUGAGAAGAAGAAAAAACUUUCAUCAGGAAAUGUUGCUGAUGACUAUGACAGGGUGAUGGCAAUAGAGGAAGCACACAGUUUUGAUUUGCUACUGACACCAGAUAAGCAGAAAUCUAAAACAGGAGUUAUCUGUUAUUCUGACAACCAGCCUCUAACUCCAGAAGAGCAGCUUGUUGUGAUGCUCAGGCAUGAGGAGGAAAUAAGUAAAGGAAAAACUCUACCCACAGAGAGUGAUCUGCAGCGAUACUGUUACUACAUCCAUAAAGGCAUCCGGAAAGAUAUGCUGGCACCGCAGAACAAAGAAGUGAUGGAUAGCAUUUUAAAGCAUAUCCCAAGUCAUUUUCUCGCCAACCCAAUGCUGGAGACGUUACUGAAAGAAUUAACCGAAGAGAUUCAGAAUGAUUAUCAUAUUUGGCUCAUGAAAGACAUUGUUGAUUACAUCUUGAUGGAUCCAGAGGAGAGGAAGAGACUCUUUAUAUACAACAUUCCAUUGCCUUUUCCUCGAAGAGUGAUUCGUGCACCAGUUCCAUGGCACACAAUCUACCAAGAAGUGAGAAGCUGGAACGAAGGUCACCUCUUCACAGUGAAUCCUAUGAUGCUUACUUUGCAACGCCUCUGGUUCUCAGAGUUUUGUAACCUGAGGUUUGUUCGUACCCAGGAAAUCCUCGAGGGUGAUUUGCCACUCCUGCCCAGCGAGUUUGAAGACUUGGUCCGAAAACAUUGUCAAGAAGCUCAUGAUAUUCUUGAGAACAGGUGGAUUCCAACAUGUGCAGAACUGUUCAUUGAACAGAAGCAAAACUGGCUGCAUCUUGCUCCCCAGAAUGACUUUGACUCGUCUCAACUGAUAGAAGAAUAUUUUGCUUCAGUAGCUGUCCUCAUGUCUUUACAGCUACGGGAGAUGGUCAUUAAUUCAUUAGCGGAUCUCCUUUCCUUCUUUAGGAUACAUAAGGAUGGAAAUGACUUUGGAGAAACUUAUCAUGAAAUGCAAUUCUUCAUACCACAAAUGUUGGUCAUCAAACUGGAAGUGCAGGAGCCCGAUAUUAUAUUUGAGCCAGAUGUGGAAGCUUGUUGGGAUUUACUGUAUCACUGCUUCAUGGAGGUUCUGAAAAAUUCUGAGGGUCUUCCAAAGGUACAAGUUAAACUGUUCCCAGAAUUAAAAGGGGAUGACCUAAUUCUUCGUACUGUCCAAGCAGAUGAAUCAUUGGUUUCAGAAUAUGUGAACAAAACUGCUGAGAUAUUUAAUCACAAUCUUGUUGGUCCGCGAAAAUACUUAAGCGUGUACGAGAAGUACAGCGAUCUCUUGAAUAACAAUGCAGAAAAUGACGUGACUGAGUUUUUAAGCAAAAGACAUGAUCUGGAUGAUUUUGUGGAGAAGAUUGAUGGUUUGACGAAACUGAAAAAAGAAAUUGCGUCUCUGCACGUCACAGUCCCUCUGGCCUUGUUCUGCCUUGACGCAUUAAAGCUGAAUGAGGAUCUUUGCUGUCGGACUCAGAAGCUGAAAGACAGGCUGAUUGAGUUCCAAGUGGAAGAAAACAGGGAGGUAAACCAGAGCAUUUGCAACCAGUACAGCAUAAUUGCAGACAAAGUCAGUGAUGUGCCUAUGACCACUGAGGAGCUGGUUGAUACCACGGCCUAUUUGAAAAAAUCCAGUGACGUCACUGUCUUUAAGUUGCGUCGUGAAAUCAGGGAAGCUAUCUACAGACUGGAAUUCCUGAUGGACUACGCUGAUCUUCCUUGUGAUGAUAUAAAACUGAACAGUACUGUUUUGCAUUGGCCGGAUGAGAUUGAGGUCAUCUUUGAAACCGCAAGGAAUCAGCUGAUGAACAGACGGGAUCAUGUGGAGCUCUGUCUCAUCAAAAGGUGCUCUGAAUUUGAGGCUAUCCUAGAAAAUUAUAACAAAGAAGUCGAAAGCUUCCGAAAGAAAGAUGUCAUGACCAUGGAAGAAAUGAAGAACAACGUUGAAAAGUUUAAUGAGUUGUCUAAGAAUUUGGACGCUGCUCUUUCAGAAUAUGAAGCGAUUAAUAAGGAAGAGGAGCUACUGGAACGAGAGAAAAGCCAGUUUCCACUGCUGCAGACUAUCAUCACAAACAAAAUACCUUUUGAACAGCUUUGGGUGACUGCUUACAACUUCCAUACGAAGUCUGAGGAAUGGAUGAAUGGACCUCUCUUGCAGCUGAAUGCUGAGGAAAUCAGUGAAGAUGUUGCCACCAUGUGGCGGACAAUGUACAAACUGACAAAGACCUUAGUAGAUCAACCUGGACCAAAGCGUUUAGCGGAGAAUGUGAAAUUUAAGAUCGACAAGUUCAAGCAACAUCUUCCUGUCCUCUCUAUUGCCUGCAAUCGAGGGAUGAAGGAUAGGCAUUGGGAACAGAUAAGUGAAAUAGUUGGAUAUGAGAUAAGACCUGAUGAAACUACAUCACUCAUGAACAUGUUGGAAUAUGGUCUAUCAAAAUACAUUGAUAAACUAGAGCCUAUUGGAGCAGCAGCUAGCAAGGAGUACUCCCUAGAGAAAAACAUGGAGAAAAUGAAAUCGGAAUGGGCAAAUAUCUGUUUCACGUUUGUAAAAUACAGGGACACAGACACCAGCAUUCUGUCUGCAAUCGAUGACAUCCAGCUCCUGCUGGAUGAUCACAUUGUCAAGACCCAGACAAUGUGUGGUUCUCCGUUCAUCAAACCGAUAGAGGGUGAAUGCCGGAGGUGGGAGGAGAAGCUUGUUCUGAUGCAGGAAAUAUUAGACAAUUGGUUAAAAUGCCAGGCAACGUGGCUUUAUCUGGAACCCAUAUUCAGCUCUGAGGACAUUAUUGCUCAAAUGCCAGAGGAGGGGAGGAAGUUUGGAAUAGUGGACAUGUACUGGAAGGACAUCAUGGUGCAAGCAGUGAAAGACACCAGAGUCCUGAUUGCCACUGAGCAACCAAAGAUGUUGGACAGACUUCAAGAAGCAAAUAUGCUUUUGGAAGACAUCCAGAAGGGUCUGAAUACUUACUUGGAAAAGAAAAGGUUAUUUUUCCCAAGAUUCUUCUUCCUUUCUAAUGACGAGUUGCUGGAGAUUUUGUCCGAAACCAAAGAUCCUCUCCGAGUGCAGCCACACUUGAAAAAGUGCUUUGAGGGAAUCGCAAAACUAGACUUUACGGAGAACAUGGAGAUUAUAGGCAUGAUCAGCUCAGAGAAGGAAAUUGUACCUUUUAUCAAGACAAUCUACCCAGCACAAGCCAAAGGCAUGGUUGAGAAGUGGCUGUCACAAGUAGAAAACAUGAUGCUGUCCAGUAUCAGAAAAGUCAUAGAAAGGGGCAUCGGAGGAUAUGAUCAGGUUCCCCGGAAUAAGUGGGUGCUGCAGUGGCCAGGACAAGUAGUUAUCUGUGUAUCAUCCAUCUUCUGGACAAAAGAAGUAUCAGAAGCCAUACAAGGAAAAACUCUACCUGCAUUUUUGGAGAAAAGCAACAAACAGAUUGGAGAAAUUGUUGAACUGGUCAGAGGGAAGCUGUCAGGCGGGGCCCGGCUCACCCUGGGAGCCCUCACGGUCAUUGAUGUGCAUGCACGGGAUGUUGUUGCAAAACUGUCUGAAGACAAAAUUUCAGAUCUGAAUGAUUUCCAGUGGAUUUCUCAGCUGAGAUAUUACUGGGAAGAGGGAGAAGUGAUGGUCCGAAUGAUUACAACUGAAGCCAGAUAUGGCUAUGAGUACCUGGGCAACUCCCUUCGUUUGGUGAUAACGCCGUUGACUGACCGAUGCUAUAGAACAUUAAUGGGAGCUUUGAAACUAAACCUGGGAGGUGCUCCAGAAGGACCUGCGGGAACUGGCAAAACUGAAACCACCAAAGAUUUAGCAAAAGCACUGGCUAAGCAGUGUGUUGUCUUCAAUUGCUCUGACGGUCUCGAUUACAAAGCCAUGGGGAAAUUCUUUAAAGGACUGGCACAGGCUGGAGCUUGGGCCUGCUUUGAUGAGUUCAACAGAAUUGAGGUUGAAGUUCUCUCUGUAGUGGCACAGCAGAUCCUCAGUAUUCAGCAGGCUAUUAUUCGAAAGCUGAGAACAUUUAUCUUUGAAGGCACGGAGAUUUCACUUAAUCCAACCUGUGCAGUAUUCAUCACUAUGAAUCCUGGAUAUGCUGGACGGGCAGAACUUCCUGAUAACUUGAAGGCUUUAUUCCGUACUGUAGCCAUGAUGGUUCCAGAUUAUGCUUUGAUUGGUGAAAUUUCACUUUAUUCAAUGGGAUUCCUUGACUCCCGAAGUCUUGCCCAGAAGAUUGUUGCUACCUAUCGUCUUUGCUCUGAACAGUUAUCAUCGCAGCAUCAUUACGACUAUGGGAUGCGUGCUGUAAAAUCGGUCCUGACAGCAGCAGGAAACUUAAAACUGAAGUACCCAGAUGAAAAUGAAAGUGUCUUGCUGCUCAGGGCUCUACUGGACGUUAACUUAGCUAAAUUCUUGGCACAAGAUGUCCCUCUGUUUCAGGGAAUCAUAUCUGAUUUAUUUCCUGGAGUGAUUCUACCUCGACCAGAUUAUGAUCUCUUCAUCCAGGCACUGAAUAACAAUAUCGCAAAAAUUAAUCUUCAACCAGUUCCAUGGUUUAUUGGGAAAAUUAUUCAGAUUUAUGAAAUGAUGAUGGUUCGUCAUGGCUAUAUGAUUGUCGGGGAGCCGAUGGGAGGAAAAACCUACGCCUACAAAGUGCUUGCUAUGGCCCUUGGGGAUCUGAGCCAAGACCCUUCAACAGAAGAAUCUGCAGUUGAAUAUAGAAUUAUUAAUCCAAAAGCUAUUACCAUGGGACAGUUGUAUGGGUGUUUUGACCCUGUGAGCCACGAAUGGACAGAUGGCGUUCUUGCAACCACCUUCAGAGAACAAGCCAGCUCUACAACAGAGGACAGGAAGUGGAUUGUCUUUGAUGGUCCUGUUGAUGCUGUUUGGAUAGAGAACAUGAACACUGUGUUAGAUGAUAACAAGAAACUGUGCCUAAUGAGUGGUGAAAUAAUUCAGAUGAGUGCAAAGAUGAGCUUAAUGUUCGAGCCAGAAGAUCUGGAACAAGCAUCUCCAGCUACUGUCAGCAGGUGUGGUAUGAUCUACAUGGAACCUCACCAGUUAGGCUGGAAGCCUCUGAAGGAUUCUUAUAUGAACACAUUGCCUCCAAACUUGAACAGCGAACACAGAGAACUGGUUGACGACUUGUUCAUGUGGCUAGUUCAGCCUUGUUUGGAAUUUAUUCGCCAUCAUUGCAGGGUCAUGGUUCAGACAUCACCCAUCCAUCUCACUCAUUCCAUGAUGACACUGUAUACUGCUUUGCUCGAUGAAAUAAGGAAUUCCGGCGAAGACGAUUCCGAGACCAUGUCCAGCCAGCAGAUCACCCUGUGGCUGCAGGGACUUUUCCUGUUCGCCUUGGUGUGGACCAUCGGGGGCACCAUCAACGCUGAGGGAAGGAAAAAAUUCGACCAUUAUUACCGGGAAGUUUUGAUGGGGAUGGACGACAACCACCCACGUCCCAAAAGCGUAAAGCUGACGAAGAACAACAUUUUUCCAGAUAGAGGGACCGUGUAUGACUUUUACUUCCACAAGAUAGCCAGUGGACAGUGGAAUAAUUGGACAGAGUACAUUACAAAAGAAGAGCAAACCAUCCCUGCUGGAGUAAAGGUCUCCGAGCUUAUAAUUCCAACCAUGGAAACGGCCAGGCAGAGUUUUUUCCUGAAAACCUAUGUGGAGCAUGAAAUCCCAUUGCUCUUCGUGGGAACCACUGGUACAGGGAAAUCAGCGAUCACCAACAGCUUUCUGAUUAAUCUCCCAAAGACAAAGUACACUCCCAACUUCAUCAAUUUCUCUGCCAGAACUACAGCCAACCAGACCCAGGACAUUAUUAUGUCAAAAUUGGACAGGAGAAGAAAGGGACUUUUUGGUCCUCCAGCUGGGAAAAAGGCUAUUGUAUUUGUAGAUGACUUAAAUAUGCCUGCCAAGGAAGUGUAUGGAGCCCAGCCUCCCAUAGAACUCCUUAGGCAAUGGAUUGAUCACGGCCACUGGUACGACAAGAAGGAUACCUCAAGGCUUGAUAUUGUUGAUGUUCUGUUCCUUUCAGCAAUGGGGCCUCCUGGAGGUGGAAGGAAUGAUAUUACAGGACGUUUCACAAGGCACUUGAACAUUAUUUCCAUCAGUGCCUUUGAUGAUGAAAUUUUAACAAAGAUCUUUGCUUCCAUCGUUGACUGGCACUUCAGCAAAGGGUUUGAGGCCACUUUUCUGAGGCUUGGCAAAAUGAUGGUUCAUGCUACCAUGAACAUUUAUAAGAUGGCUGUGGAAAACUUCCUUCCGACUCCUUCAAAAUCUCACUAUGUCUUCAACCUGCGCGAUUUCUCCCGGGUCAUCAGAGGAGUGUUGCUCUGCCCACAUACCCAUUUGCAGGAUGGGGAGAAACUGAUCAGGCUUUGGAUUCAUGAAGUUUAUCGGGUCUUCUAUGACCGCUUAAUAGAUGACGAAGACAGGAAGGUGUUUUUUAACAUGGUGAAAGAAACAACCUCUGAUUGCUUCAAGCAGAGUGUUGAUAAGGUAUUAAGCCACUUGUCUCCAACUGGAAAGAUCCAUGACGAUAACAUCCGGAGCCUCUUCUUUGGAGACUACUUUAAGCCACAAAGUGAUGCAAAGAUCUAUGAUGAAAUAACAGACUUAAACAAGCUGACGUCUGUUAUGGAAUACUACUUGGAGGAGUUCAACCAGAUCAGCAAGGCGCCCAUGUCUCUGGUUAUGUUUAAAUUUGCCAUUGAGCAUAUCUCAAGGAUAUGCAGAGUACUGAAGCAGGAUAACGGCCACUUGCUGCUGGUGGGCAUUGGUGGAAGUGGCCGGCAGAGCGCCACCAAGCUGGGCACCUUUAUGAAUUCGUAUGAACUCUUCAUGAUCGAAAUCACGAAGUUCUACACCACAAAUGACUGGAGAGAGGAUAUCAAGAAGGUCAUGUUGCAGUCAGGGGUGGCCAACAAAAACACUGUGUUCUUAUUCUGUGAUAACCAAAUAAAGGACGAGUCCUUUGUGGAGGACAUUAACAUGCUGUUGAACACGGGAGAUGUGCCUAACAUCUUUGCAGCAGAUGAGAAGGCUGACAUUGUUGAAAAAAUGCAGGGUGCGGCAAGGACCGAAGGCAAGAGAAUUGAAGCCACCCCUCUGGCCAUGUACAACUUUUUUACUGAACGCUUGAAGAAAAACUUGCACAUAGUUUUAGCAAUGAGUCCAAUUGGAGAUGCUUUCCGGAACCGCUUGCGAAUGUUCCCUUCGCUGAUCAACUGCUGCACUAUCGAUUGGUUCCAAAGAUGGCCCACGGAUGCUUUGGAAAUGGUUGCCAACAAAUUCUUAGAGGAUGUGAAGUUGGAAGAUGAAAUCAGAAAAUCGGUUGUGUCCAUGUGUAAGUAUUUCCAAGAAAAUGUGAGAGAACUCUCAGUCAGUUAUUACAGCACUCUUCGAAGACACAAUUACGUAACACCAACAUCCUAUCUGGAGUUGAUUCUGACCUUUAAGGCAUUAUUAAAUAGUAAAAGGCAUGAAGUGGAUAUGAUGAGAAAUCGCUAUCUUGUGGGCCUUCAGAAGCUUGAUUUUGCAGCUUCACAAGUUGCAGUGAUGCAAAAGGAGCUGACUGCUCUUCAACCGGAAUUGAUUCAGACCUCCACUGAAACGGAGAAAAUGAUGAUCCACAUAGAAAAAGAAACCGUUGAGGUGGAUGCCAAGAAGGAGCUUGUGGCUGCAGAUGAAAAGGAAGCCAAUGAAGCUGCAGCUAUUGCCCAGGGUAUUAAGGAAGAGUGCGAGGGGGACCUGGCGGAGGCAAUGCCAGCCCUGGAAGCUGCCCUUUCGGCUCUUGAUACCCUGAACCCUGCAGAUAUCUCCCUUGUCAAGUCCAUGCAGAAUCCACCAGGACCUGUCAAGCUAGUCAUGGAGAGCAUUUGUGUUAUGAAAGGAAUAAAGCCAGAAAGAAAGCCUGAUCCAAGUGGAAGCGGUAAAAUGAUAGAAGACUACUGGGGAAGUUCCAAGAAGGUUCUAGGGGAUCUGAAAUUCCUCGAAGGCUUGAAGACUUACGACAAAGAUAAUAUCCCAUCAGCUGUAAUGAAGAGAAUUAGAGAGAAGUUCAUCAACCAUCCAGACUUUCAGCCAGCUGUAAUAAAAAAUGUAUCAUCUGCCUGCGAAGGCUUGUGUAAAUGGGUGAGAGCCAUGGAAGUGUACGACCGUGUUGCAAAGGUGGUAGCCCCGAAACGUGAACGACUCAGGGAGGCUGAAGGUUUGCUCGCUGUACAGAUGCAGAAGCUCAAUACGAAGCGAGCAGAACUCAAGAAGGUGAUUGACCGCCUCCAGGACCUGAAUGAUGAAUUUGAAGAAAUGAACAACCGGAAGAAAGAACUCGAGAACAACAUUGAAAUAUGCUCUCAGAAGCUGGACAGGGCUGAAAAGCUGAUCAGUGGCUUGGGAGGCGAGAAGGAUAGGUGGACGGAAGCAGCACGCCUGCUAGGAAUUCGCUACACUGACCUCACUGGGGAUGUCUUGUUAUCUUCAGGGACGGUGGCUUAUCUGGGAGCCUUUACCGUUGAUUACCGUACAGAAUGUCAGAAGAAAUGGCUGGCUUUGUGCAAGGAGGAGAAAGUCCCAUGCUCUACGGAUUUCAGCCUGAGUAACACUUUAGGGGACCCAGUCAAGAUCCGUGCCUGGCAGAUUGCCGGCUUGCCAAUUGAUUCCUUUUCAAUUGACAACGGCAUCAUUGUUUCCAACUCAAGACGGUGGGCUUUAAUGAUUGAUCCUCAAGGGCAAGCCAACAAGUGGGUCAAAAAUAUGGAAAAGGGCAAUAAGCUUUCCGUGAUCAAGUUGUCUGACACCAACUAUGUAAGGACUUUGGAGAACGCCAUCCAGUUUGGAACCCCAGUCUUGCUUGAAAAUAUUGGCGAGGAAUUGGACGCGUUCUUGGAGCCGGUGCUGCUAAAGGCAACUUUCAAACAGCAAGGUGUGGAGUACAUGAGACUGGGAGAGAACAUUAUUGAGUACUCAAGGGAUUUCAAGUUUUACAUAACCACACGCUUAAGGAAUCCUCAUUAUCUUCCUGAAAUUGCUGUGAAAGUUUGUCUGCUCAAUUUUAUGAUCACCCCUCUAGGGCUUCAGGACCAGCUUCUUGGGAUUGUGGCUGCAAAGGAAAAGCCUGAGCUGGAAGAGAAGAAGAACAAGCUGAUUGUAGAAAGUGCAGCAAACAAGAAACAGCUGAAGGAGAUUGAAGACAAAAUCCUGGAAGUUCUUUCCAAGUCGGAAGGAAAUAUCUUAGAAGAUGAAACAGCCAUUAAAAUCCUCUCUUCUUCCAAAGAGUUGUCUGAAGAAAUAUCUGAAAAGCAGGAAAUUGCCACUAUUACUGAAAUGGAAAUAGAUGCCACCCGAAUGGGGUACAAGCCAGUGGCCGUUCAUUCAGCAACAGUCUUCUUUUGCAUUUCUGAUCUGGCUAACAUUGAACCAAUGUAUCAAUAUUCCCUGAUAUGGUUUAUUAACCUCUAUGUCCAGUCUCUUGCCAAUAGCAGGAAAAGCGAUGUUUUGGAAGAAAGGAUUGAAUUCAUAAUUGACCAUUUCACAAUCAGCAUCUACAACAACGUCUGCCGAUCCCUGUUUGAGAAGGACAAGCUUCUUUUCUCCCUACUUCUGACUAUAGGGAUCAUGAAAGGGAGAGAUGAGAUUGAUGAUGAGGUCUGGCGUUUCCUUCUGACGGGUGGGGUUGCGCUCGAGAACCCGUAUGCGAAUCCUGCCCCAGAGUGGUUGUCUGACAAAUCGUGGGCCGAAAUUGUGCGUGCCUCAGGGCUGAAAAACUUGCGUGGGCUUUUGGAUCAUGUGGAGUCCAAUGUCACGGAAUGGAAACUGAUUUAUGAUUCUGCCAAACCUCAUGAAGAAGAGUUUCCCGGUGAAUGGAAUCUGGUCACGGGUCUUGACCGCAUGGUUAUCCUCCGAUGCCUGAGACCAGAUAAAAUCAUCCCGGCCACCCAACUAUUCAUCUCAGACAACAUGGGGAAGAUAUAUAUCGAACCCCCAACAUUUGAUCUUGUUGGAAGUUACCAUGAUUCCAACUGCUGCGCACCUCUGAUUUUUGUCCUGUCGCCAGGUGCUGAUCCCAUGGCAGGCUUGUUGAAGUUUGCUGAUGAUCUUGGCAUGGAAAGCAUCCAGACUAUUUCACUUGGCCAGGGCCAAGGCCCAAUAGCAGCAAAGAUGAUUAAUCAGGCUAUCGUGGACGGGACUUGGGUUGUGCUGCAGAACUGCCAUCUCGCAACCAGCUGGAUGCCUGCUUUGGAAAAAAUCUGUGAAGAGGUUAUAGUACCUGAGAAUACUCAUACCAAGUUCAGAUUGUGGCUGACCAGUUAUCCAUCCGAAAAGUUUCCUGUCAGCAUUCUCCAGAAUGGAAUAAAAAUGACCAACGAGCCACCUAAAGGGGUGAGAGCAAAUCUCCUUCGAUCCUACCUCAACGACCCAGUUUCUGACCCCAUGUUCUUUAACAGUUGCGAAAAGAAAGAAAUUUGGCAAAAGCUGCUGUUUGGCCUCUGCUUCUUCCAUGCUCUUGUGCAAGAAAGAAGAAACUUUGGUCCAUUAGGUUGGAACAUUCCUUAUGAAUUCAAUGAAUCUGAUCUGAGAAUCAGUAUGCGGCAGAUUCAGAUGUUUCUGAAUGAAUAUGAAGAAACCCCAUUUGAAGCUCUCACAUAUCUUACAGGCGAAUGUAACUAUGGUGGGAGGGUAACGGAUGACAAGGACAGGCGUCUCCUGCUCUCUCUUCUUUCAAUUGUGUAUUGCAAAGACGUAGAAGUCCUGGAAAACUACCAGCUUUCCCCAGGGGGGGAAUAUUUUGUACCAUCCUUUGGGACAUACCAGUCCUACAUAGACUACUUGAGAAGUCUGCCAAUUAUAACCCACCCCGGAGUAUUUGGGCUACACGAGAAUGCAGAUAUCACAAAGGAUAACCAAGAGACCAACCUGCUUUUCAAUAGUGUCUUGCUGACUUUGCCCCGACAAGCAGGUGGCGGUGGGAAAUCUCCACAGGAAACGGUAGAGGAACUGGCACAGGACGUCCUGUCCAAGUUACCACAAGACUUUGACCUAGAAUAUGUGAUGGAAAUGUACCCAGUACUUUACAGGGAGUCCAUGAACACGGUUCUUAGGCAAGAACUUAUCAGGUUCAACAGGCUUACAGAGGUUGUACGCAGCAGCCUUGUCAACCUACUUAAAGCCAUCAAAGGCCAGGUGCUGAUGUCUUCAGAACUCGAGGAUGUCUUCAACAGCAUGCUUGUAGGCAAAGUGCCUCCUAUGUGGGCAGCCAAAUCCUACCCAUCCUUGAAACCUAUGGGGAGUUAUGUGUCUGACCUUCUCAUGAGGCUGGUCUUCUUUCAGGAGUGGAUCAAUCACGGACCUCCAAUUGUGUUUUGGAUUUCCGGUUUCUACUUUACUCAGUCCUUCUUGACAGGAGUUUCACAGAACUAUGCCAGGAAAUACACCAUCCCAAUAGAUCACAUUGGAUUUGAAUUUGAGGUGAUGACACAGGAGCACAGUAUGACUCAGUUGCCUGAAGAUGGAGCCUACGUGAAAGGGCUUUAUCUGGAAGGGGCCCGCUGGGACAGGGAGACCAUGCGGAUUGGAGAGUCUUUUCCCAAAAUCCUCUACGACUCCCUGCCCAUCAUUUGGCUGAAACCUGGCGAGAGCUCCAAAUUUUUGCACGAAGGGAUUUACCUGUGCCCCGUCUACAAAACCAGUGCCAGGAGAGGCACCUUGUCUACCACUGGCCACUCCACCAAUUACGUGCUGUCCAUUGAGCUCCCUUCCGAUUUGCCCCAGAAGCACUGGAUCAAUAGGGGCGUCGCUGCGCUUUGCCAGCUUGACGACUAAAUGGUUGGUGUCAUAUGCCUGUGCUUUCUGAUAAAAAAGCACGGCUGCAACUAUUGCCCCUUUGAAAAGAAAGAAGUCUCGGGCUACAACCAUUGCCCCAUUGAAAAUAAAGAAAACUUAAGGUUUGA